AUGUGGGUUAUCCUUGGUCCAGUUGCCUGCCCUGUCUCGGCCCACAGUAAACUGUUCACCCCCACGGACAUUGUUUACAAAACUUUACAAACAUGUUUACCAUUGGCAAACCCGUACAGACACUCAACAACUCAAAUGAAUUCCAGUGUAAGAAUAUCAGAGGUGGGGCGAACAGAUCACUUGGAGGUGGAGAUGAUUGAUGAUGAUGAUAGCCAUGAACUUCAGUCUGGUCAACAUUUUACUGAAUUACUUACUAUGGAUUCUAACAUGAGAAUGACUGAAUUAGGUGCAACAGAUCAUGUAGAGGUGGAGAUGAUUGAGGCUGAACCUGUUGAUGAUGAUGACAAUGAAGAUGAGGAGGGACACCAAAAUGAAUAUACUGAUCUUCUCUCUAUGGAGCCACUAAAUACUGAGAUAUCAGAAAUUAUAGAAGGCAAUGAAAGAUGUGUAGGGGCCUAUUCAUCUGCCAGCUCAGAGGAGAGAGAGGUUCUAGGAUUGCCAUAUUCCAUUCCAACAAUUGAGGCAGAAGAAGUUGGGGAAGAGAAUUUCUUGCAGAUGACUGUGAGUGAAGCAGCGGAAGAGACUGAAGAAGAUGACGAUUCAAUUACAGAACCUGUCGAUAGGAAGAACCAUGAAGAACUGAUCAAACGCCUCAUGACUGAUGGAAUGUCUUUCUCAGAGGUAGCAGCAUUGUGGGGGGAAGAUGCUGAUGCUGACAGUGAUGUAGAGGAUAUUCCACCAGUCCCUGAAGGUACUGUUCUGGUGAAGGAGGAUCAUGCAGCUGAAUUUGAAAAGGAGCUCAAUGAACAACAACGAUACCAACUGAAACGCAAAGGUGGUGGAGAGAAGAGGAGGAGACGUCGCUUGCCAGCAGCCCUGCAGGGUCUCAUGGGUGAGGCCAACUUACGCUAUGCUCGUCGUGAAUAUGAUGAGGCUAUCAAGAUGUGUAUGGAAGUUAUAAGACAGUUUUCACACUCACCUGAACCUUACCAGACUUUAGGGAUGAUAUAUGAGGAAAAGAAGAUGGUGAACAAGUCUCUGCAGUUCCUUCUCAUUGCUGCUUUUCUCAGUCCAAAUGCAGAAGAAUGGGAAAAGUUGGCUGAUCUGUCUCUGCACCAGGGUGAUAUCCAGCAAGCAGUGUUCUGCUGGGGCAGAGCUAUUAAAGCUAAUCCACAGAAUUUAGACUAUCACUGGGCUCGAUGUGACCUUCUUGAGCAGUUAGGAGAAAAACUGAAAGCUCUGAAGGGCUACACACACAUGCUCAAAUAUCUUAGAACUGACCAGGGAAAGGAUGGUCUCAAACUGGCAAAAGAGAUCGCAAAAAUUCAUUAUGAGAACAAAGAUGUGCAUCUUGCCCGAGAUGCAAUGGAAACAGCCUUUAAAAAGUAUCCUUCAUAUGUUACUGCUGAGGACGUUAACCUUAUGCUAGAGGUCUUGAUGCAUCAGCAAGAGUAUCUCCGCUGUAUACAAAUUCUCAUACUUCAUGGAAGAGUUCGUCUGCUACAUGAGGAUAUUGAUGAAGAAGAAUUACAUAAGCGAGAAUCAGAGGAACAGCUGUUGGUGGCUACCGAAUGUUUUGUUCCUCUUGAUUUACCAAUUGAUCUGCGGACCAAGUUAACUGUUGCUCUCAUCCAUGCCAAGGCCUUUGAACUUGCUGCCCCACUAGUGGAGAUGCUGAUGAAUGAAUCUGAGGAAGAGUUUGGAGAUCUGUACCUAGAUAUUGCUGAAGCCUAUAUGAAUGAAGACUGUCAUGAAGCAGCCCUACCUCUUCUACGUCCACUGAUAAACUCUAACCAUUACAACGUGGCAGCUGUGUGGCUAAAGUAUGGAGAGUGCCUGGCAGCUGUUGACCAGAUGGAGGAAGCUGCUCAAGCAUAUUCUCAAGUUGUACAAUUAGCACCACAACAUGCAGAAGCCAGAUUGACUCUUUCCUCAAUUUUGCAAUCACUUGGUCGCCUGGAUGAAGCUUUGCUCAUCCUCAACCAAGAGAGUGACUCUGAACCCCUGGACUCCCAGCUUCUGUAUCAGCGCUGCAAAAUUCUCUUAGACCAAGGUCUUGUUGAUGAAUUCAUCAACGCUGCAAAACUCCUUUUCCGCAGACAUUUCAUUCAUAUUCGAAAUCGAGAUGAAGCAGAAGCUAUGUUGAGCAACAAAAAAUUAAGUAAUAAAUAUGAAGCAAUUCGUGAGUUGCGUCGAUCUAAAAAUGAAAAUCUUGAAGACAAUGGUCCAGCAUAUACAGGACCUGAUGUUCCUUUAGAUCAUCAAUGGCAACUAUUCACCUCUGUGUGCACUACUCUUCAUGAAAAGAACAGAUUGGAGGAGCUUGAAAGGAUGACCUUUAGUGCACUUGGGUCAAAAGAAUUCAUGCGAGAAAAGGAACGUGCUCGAGAAAUAGAAUUUAUGUGUCUCUUAGCAUGCAUUUACAAUGACAGUUCCUAUUUUGCAUACAAUAUUAUGCGGGAAUUAGUAAUAAAAAAUCCAGAGAAUGAGAGGUGCUGGAACCUUCUUAAUCUUAUCAUUUCUAAGGCUGAUGACUUUCGACACAAUCGCUUUUUGUUACGGCUUACUCAUAAACACCCAGACUUAGUUGCUUUAGGAUUACUGAAUGGCCACAACUGCUUGGUUGCUGGAACAUACAAAUAUUCUCUAGCAGAAUAUACUCAAGCAUUUAAACAAGACCCCACCAAUCCACUUAUUCCACUUAUGUUAGGCUUGACUUUUACACACAUGGCAUGCCAGAAAUUCAGUGGUAAAAAGCAUUCCCUAGUUGUGCAGGCAUGUGCCUUCUUAAACACAUAUGUUGAGAUGCGUGGGGAGUGUCAGGAGUCGAUGUACAAUUUGGGUCGAGCCUUUCAUCAGCUCAAUCUCCUACCACAAGCAAUCCAUUACUACAAGUUUGCUCUUGACUGUCCCACUGUAGAGGAACAACAUGAAGGGCCCAGACUUGACCUAUCUCGUGAGAUUGCAUUUAAUCUUGCACUCAUUUACCAAAAUAGUGGCUCUCCUAACUUAGCCAGGAUGUAUAUGUACAAAUAUAUUAGAGUUUGAAUUCAAAUAAGGAUACAGUUAGGUCAUAGAAAGAGGAAAGCUUAAAAUAUUGAGUAUAGAGAAAUAUUAUACCUGUACAGUAUAUGAUUUAGGUAGGUAGAGUUAAUGUAAUUGAACAAAGUAAUUUUUUUAAAGUACUGUAUCUGUACCUGAUAUUUUUUUAAAGGACUGUAUCUCUA